AUGAGCGCAUGGGAACAAUGGGAAGGCAAGAAACCGACGUCAAGCGGAUUGCAGGACACCCAGGACGCCUUUCAUAGUUUAUUACGCACAUAUUCUUUAUCUACCGUGUCCAACAGUAGCAUCGAUAGCAAAAGUAGCGCCAGUUUCUCGCUGAAAAAGGCGUGGAACACGGCACGCGACCUUACAAAAAAUGCAGUGGAGACUCCGACCGUUUCUAAUGAUGCAGCGGACGUCAUGGAAAAUGGACAGAUAAACAAGACAAUAAACAAUGAAACAGCGGUUAAGUGGCCGUUUCUGUGGGAGAGAGAGUCUACUGGUCAAAGUAUACGAACUUCAACCAUGAGUUGGCAUACAAGAUUCAAGUAUUUUGUCGGCAUGGCGAUGCUUGGGAUGCUGUUCUUUGGCAUGGCAGUUAUUUUCUUACCAUUGAUUAUGGUUCGACCAUCGAAAUUUGCCUUGAGUUUUACACUCGGCAGUAUGUGCUCAAUGGGUGCUUUUGCCAUGCUUAAAGGUCCAACAGUGUACAUUUCCGGACUUUUGCAACCGAAUCGAUUGCUGUUGACCAGCAUGUACUUUGCGACGCUUGGGUGUACGCUGUAUAGCUGUUUGAUCCUGAAGGACUACGUGUUUGUGGUGGUAAGCUCUGUCAUGCAGUUGAUGACAUUGGGAUCGUUCGCAUUGUCUGCAUUCCCUGGUGGUAACGUGAGCUUGAAAGCUUUUGGUGCGUUGUUCUGGAAAUCAGCGCGCGGCAUGAUACAAGUGAUUGGUCGUCUUUUUCGGUAA